AUGCCCUCCAUCAAAGUCUUCACUCGUUGGCGCCCUCCGCUGCCAUCGGAAGCGGCUGCCCCUGAAAUCAUCCGAACACAGGCCUCCAAUCCCGGGCAAAACACCACGAUCGCAUUAACACCACCACCAUCCCAGAAACUCUCUCGCCCCUGGAAAAGCGAUUCAGCUUUUACCCAAAUAUUCAACGCAGAUGACUCUAAUCGAACUGUCUUUGAACAUGUCGUUGCACCAACCCUCCCCCGGGUGUUAACCGGGCAAAACUGCAACUUCUUCGCCUACGGACACUCAGGCAGUGGGAAAUCCCACACCAUCAUCGGGUAUGAUUUUGAGCGGCCAGAUGAGUUCGGGCUCUGUUUGUCAGCCGCAAAAGCACUCUACGAGCAUCUAUACCAACUAAAUGAGAAUGUCAAGGAGACCGGGACGCUUCUCCUAGGCCUCCGCAUGUACGAGCUGCGGAAAAACAUUGCCUUUGACCUGCUCAACGACCGAUGCAAGUGCCAUAUCCGCGAAGGCGCUGACGGGAAGACCCACGUUCGCGGGGAGACGGAAACCCUCGCCGACGGGAAAGUCCGCGUGCGACCCAUCGUUACCAAGCCAUGCUUUACUUUUGAGGAGUUCCAUGCUCAGCUGCUGGCGGGCAUCCAGAGUAGGGCGACAGGCACAUCGACGAUUCAUGAUCAGAGUUCGCGGACCCACGCUGUGUUUGAGGUUGAGAUUGUCACGAGAGAACUACUGGAUGCGCGGGAUGCCGUCGUGGAGCGACAAUCCGAGCUGGUACCGGUCGGGAAACGUGCAACUGAUAUCUACAUCGAGGAGAAUAUGAAGGCCAUUAUCCAGACACCGGAUGGCAAGUAUGUUCCAAAUCCGGAUUACCAACUCAAUCAGACUGCGAUAGAUGAGGCCGAGGCAAAGAAAGCCGAAUACGAAUUCCGGGUCCAGAAGGCGGAAGAGUAUGUCUCGGAAGUGAAGAAGUCAUGUCCCCAUGCCUGUCUGGGUGGAAAGAUGGUGUUUGUGGAUCUGGCCGGCUCAGAGCACUGUCAUGACAAGGGUUCCGUGUCCACAAUGCGGACAAAACAGACGCCUCAGGAGCAGCAGGAGAGCAGACAGAUCAACACUGAUCUUCUUUCCUUGAAAGAAGUCAUUCGGGCUCUGGCCCGGAAGCAGGCCCGGAUUCCAUUCCGGUCAUCGCCGCUGACAAUGGUCCUGCGCGAACACUUUGUCACGGGCGGCGAUGAUGGAGUUUCGGCGAUGAUCCUGACCACUUCGCCUUCGUCGGAGCAGUACAACGCAACGAUUGAUACGCUGAAAUAUGGUAAUUUGAUUGGAAUGGCCGGAGUUCGAUGAGAGUCUAGGAAAGAAUGACCGUUGCACUCCUUAUUUAUAUAGCUUACAUGGAAUAAUUACGUAGAU